AUGCACUCAGAAAAAGACUAUGAAAAAGAAGUAGAGCAAACGACAGAGCAGAACAAACAGACUUUGAGAAUCACCCUGGUGAGCAGAAACAAGGAGGAGAUAGAGAGAGUUGCAUACGCUAUUUACCAGCUGGCAAAGGCAGAGGAGCCAAGCAACAAAGGACCGGUUUCCGCAAAGAACAACAGGCUAGAGAUAACCACCAGAAGAUCUCCCUGUGGUAACGGAUCAAACACGUACGACAAAUACUCCAUGAUCAUCCGCAAGAAGUACAUUGACCUAAUUGCCUCAUACGAUGCAUUCAAAACCAUUACAUCCACCGUAACAAGCCCAGAGGUCUUUAUUCAAGUAGUUAUGAAAGGAUAG